GGAGGCCUUGCGGCGCGCUGGAGCGGGAGGGCGGUGGCUCGCGGGCCGGUGACUGCUGCGCGUCCUCCCUGAUUCUGGGGUUCACGCGAAUUCUCGCAGCUCCGGAGCAGGCGGGAGGCCGCCGGGCUCUGCCCGCAGGCGGCCAGCCCCUCCCGUAGCCGAGCAGAGCGAGGGCGAGCGCCCGGCCGGGUCGCAGGAUGGCCGCGAACUAUUCCAGUACGAGUAACAGGAGAGAACAUGUCAAAACUACGACCAAGCCCCAGCCAGGCUUCUUGGAGCGGCUCAGCGAGACCUCGGGUGGGAUGUUUGUGGGGCUCAUGACCUUCCUGCUCUCCUUCUACCUAAUUUUCACCAAUGAGGGCCGUGCACUGAAGACAGCAACUUCCCUGGCCGAGGGGCUGUCGCUUGUUGUGUCCCCCGACAGCAUCCACAGUGUGGCCCCGGAGAAUGAGGGGAGGCUAGUGCACAUCAUCGGGGCCCUGCGGACGUCCAAGCUCUUGUCUGAUCCAAACUAUGGGGUCCACCUCCCGGCUGUGAAGCUGCGGCGGCACGUAGAGAUGUACCAGUGGGUAGAAACAGAGGAGUCCAGGGAGUACACGGAAGAUGGGCAGGUGAAGACAGAGACAAGGUAUUCCUACAACACUGAAUGGAGGUCAGAAAUCGUCAACAGCAGAAACUUCGACCGAGAGAUCGGCCACAAGAACCCCAGCGCAAUGGCGGUGGAGUCCUUCACGGCAACAGCCCCCUUCGUGCAGAUUGGCAGGUUCUUCCUCUCAGCAGGCCUCAUCGACAAAGUAGACAACUUCAAACCGCUGAGCCUGGCCAAGCUGGACGACCCGCACGUGGACAUCAUUCGCAGGGGAGACUAUUUCUACCACAGCGAAAACCCCAAGUACCCAGAGGUCGGAGACGUGCGUGUGUCCUUUUCCUAUGCGGGGCUGAGCGGCGACGACCCGGACCUGGGCCCGGCUCACGUGGCACAUGGUGCGAGGGCUGCCGGGGCCUGGCCGCCUGAUCCCCUCAGCUCUAACCCUGAGGUCUCUGACCAGGUCACUGUGAUUGCCCGGCAGCGGGGUGACCAGCUGGUCCCCUACUCCACCAAGUCGGGGGACACCUUGCUUCUCCUGCACCACGGGGACUUCUCGGCAGAGGAGGUGUUUCAUAGAGAACGAAAGAGCAACUCCCUGAAGACAUGGGGCCUGCGGGCGGCUGGCUGGCUGGCCAUGUUUAUGGGCCUCAACCUCAUGACCCGGAUCGUCUAUACCCUGGUGGACUGGUUCCCCAUCUUCCGAGACCUGGUUGACAUCGGCCUGAAAGCCUUUGCCUUCUGCGUGGCCACCUCACUGACCUUGCUGACCGUGGCUGCUGGCUGGCUCUUCUACCGGCCCCUGUGCGCCCUCUUCAUCAGCUGCCUGGCCCUGGUGCCCAUCAUCAUUGCUCGGACACGGGUGCCAGCCAAAAAGCUGGAGUGAAACAGGCCCUGGCCCCCGCCCAAUACCCACAUGGUCCUCAGGAUCCAGCUCCCCCAGCCUCAGCCUCCCCUGCCCCUCACCCAACCAUGAGUCCACGACGGUGCUGCUCUGCUCCUCAAGGGGUCAGACUUGGCAGUGUGCAUGGACGUCAGGUUUGGUGUUCAGCAGUUCACGUCUUCUUGCCCGUGGGCAACUCUGGUGAGCAGAAGGCGUUCUCCUUGCUUCCUCCUCUCUUGGGACUGUGCGUGGCCAGCUCACGUCUGCUUAGCUGAUGUCUGUAGACAGUGAGGUGGUGACACUACACAGACCUGCUGCCUUAGCACUCACUGCCCCUCAUCCUUGGAGAUAGGCACCAGGGCUCCAGCACGGCCACCUCCUGCUCCAUGGUCCCGCAGGGCCAGCCUCAUCAGGCACCUCCAAGCCGUGCUGGAGUGCCCGUCACACUGGCCUGCACCCCCUAACCAGGGUGCCACACACCCAGCCUGGGCAUAGAACCUGCCUUGGUACUUAGAAACACCACUUGUGUCAUGGCGAGGAAAAUUGGACGUCUGUUGGGCUUUACAUGUUAUCUUAUGGUUUGGCCAGAAACGUCAAGGGUAGUAUUUCCAAAGGUCCUGUUUGUUGUUUUCCUUUGUUACAUACUUCCAUGUAUGUAACAUAUUCUCCUACCUGAAGAGGGAUUAUUGCAAAUCAGAUUUAAAGAAACAAAACACUGCUUGAAUGAUGAGCAGCUCAGACUGUUACAGAAAAACUUUUAAUCCAUCUGUUGAAGUCGAUUUAGGCUCGGGAGGGUGUUAAACAGGAGUGUGACUCAGUGGUUUCACUUGGGGCCGUCUACUUGGGGCCAGUGGGAAGCUUGAGGAUACUUUUGAAGCCAGUGUCAGCCAAGGGAUUACACUCAGGGAGGAAAUGGGAGUUUGUAUGAGGUGGAGGAGGCAUUUGCUUUCAUCCUCUGGCAUCAGAAACUAUUGAUUUACUUGAAGAUGAAUUUUUUAGUCAGCCAUUAAAGGAAAAGGCUGGAAGCUUUCUGAUCCUAAGUGGGCUCCCUCGUAGUGACCCCCACCAACCCAAAUCAGGAGUCGGGGGCCUGAGGCUUGUGUAGCUCUCAGGCCUCAUUCCUUUCAUGGUGGGUGUGGGGCGGGGGGGGGGGCUGGCUGGUGCCUGCCUCUGAGUGGCUUCUGUCACAUCCUGCAUCCACAGCUUCACUCCUACAUACCAUCUACCCACACUUCACUCCGUUCCUCUCACACUCGAUGAAAGAUCAAGUAUGUUGUCACCUUGAUGGUUUCAAAGAUCCUUCGUAUACCCUUUAUCUUGUUCCUUGGACUUGUUCUGCCUGGCUGGGAGUGGUGGCUUUAGCAAAUUAGUUGGUGGUUGAGUAAGUGAUUGGAACUCCUCAAACAAGCAGCCUCACAAUCUGUUAGCCUGGGAGGUCUGUGAUGUGACUGGAGAUUCUUUAUGCUGAAAACAGCCAGUCCCAGAGAUGACUUGUCUGGAUUUAAGAACUGAAAUAGUAUUCACUACUGCUUAUUGCACAGCAGUUGUCACUGAAUCGCUCCACUCUUAAAGGAUGCUUCUGGAAAACAGUACAACUAGGUAGUAGCUAAAUACAAAAUCUAUGGGAUUUGGUCUGUGUCUUUUUCUAGUACAGAUUUUAAGUUACUACGAAUUUCAGUAGUGUUCUUCAAGAGCAAAAUAAUGUUAAGAAAUAUUUGAAAUCUUUGGGAAAUCAUGAAAUUUGUAUUAUCUUUGUAUUUUUUAUAAAAAUUCAAAAUAAAUUUCAAAAUAGCUUUUAUAAGA